AUAAAGCGUGUUAGUACGUGCUAACAAGUAACGACAACCUCGCGUCGGGAGUGGGAUGAUGGCUCUCACAACCUCGCCACAGCCCCCUCCGCACUCUCUCUCCGUCCCGACCAAGCCCAAUCUCGCCGACCCUUACCACCAUCACGGCCGUCUUCUUCAGCUGGUGAACGACUGCUCCGACAUCGCCCACCUCAAGCAAAUCCACGCUCAAGCUCUGCGCACCGCGGCAACGGCCCACGACCCGCAGGCCCACUUCCUCCACAGCAGAAUCGUCUACGUCUCGUCCUCGUUGAGCAUCGACUACGCUCGCCGGGUGUUCCGGCAUGUCGAGAGCCCGAACGCGUUCAUGUGGAACGCUCUCAUAAGGGCCUGCGCGCAGAGCGGCGACCGCAAGGAGGAGGCCAUCUCGCUGCUCCGCGGGAUGCUGGAAGAUGGGAGUGUUUCUCCGGAUCAGUACACGUUCCCGUUCGCUCUCAAGGCGUGCGCGUAUCUGUUCGCUCUGUCCGAAGGGAAACAAGUGCACGCCCAGGCUUGGAAGCAUGGGUUGGGGCCGGAUGUUUAUGUUAACAACAGCUUGGUCCAUUUUUAUGCCUCCUGCGGCGUCUUGGAGGAUGCGAAGAAGGUGUUCGAGAAGAUGCCUGAGAGGAGUGCGGUUUCGUGGAAUGCCGUCAUCGAUGCCUUGGUUCGGUUUGGUGAGUUCAAUGCUGCGAUGGAAUCGUUCCAUGAGAUGCAGAUGUUGUUUGAGCCGGAUGGGUACACCAUGCAGAGCGUGUUGAGUGCUUGCGCUGGUCUGGGUUCUCUGUCUUUAGGGAUGUGGGCUCAUGCUUACAUUUUGAGGAAGUGUGAUGAGGACGUGGUUGAUGAUGUUCUUGUCCAAUCUUCAUUGGUGGACAUGUAUUGCAGGUGCGGCUCAUUGGGGAUGGCCGAGCAGAUUUUUCAGAGGAUGGAAAAGCACAACGUGAAUUCUUGGAAUUCCAUGAUUUUAGGAUUUGCUAUGCAUGGACAGGCCGAAGCAGCGUUGGAUUACUUUGUCCAGAUGGUUAUGGAAGAAGGUUUAAUGCCGAAUUCUGUAACGUUUGUUGGUGUUCUGAGUGCUUGUAAUCACAAAGGUAUGGUUGAUGAAGGCCGUAGCUACUUUGAUAAGAUGAUAAAUGAGUAUAGUAUUGAACCACAAUUGGAGCACUAUGGAUGCUUGGUCGAUCUUCUUGCUCGUGCUGGGCUUAUUGAUGAAGCGCUAGAUCUUGUAUCUAGUAUGCCAUUUAAGCCGGACGCUGUAAUAUGGAGGAGUAUUCUGGAUGCGUGUUGUAAGAAAAAUGUAGGAAUUGAGCUGAGCGAAGAAGUGGCUAUGCAGAUCCUCGCAUCCGGAGGGGAUUCUUGUAGUGGUGUUUAUGUGCUUUUAUCUAGGGUUUAUGCGUCGGCUAGCAGGUGGGACGAUGUUGCGCUGAUUAGAAAAUUAAUGACUGAUAGAGGUGUAACAAAAGAGCCAGGGUGCAGUUUAGUGGAAAUAGAUGGUAUCUCCCAUGAGUUUUUUGCUGGGGACACAACGCAUCCUCAAACUGAAGAUAUAUACCGGGCCUUGAAGGAAAUAGAAGAGAAAUUAGAGUCAUCUGGCUAUGUACCAGAUGUCUCACAAGCGACUAUGAUCGAUGAUGAGCAUAGUGAGGAGAAGGAGCAGUCUCUCAGGUUGCAUAGCGAGAGACUUGCCAUUGCAUUUGGAUUAUUAAACAGGAAACAGGGCACUCCUAUUCGCAUAAUUAAAAAUCUCCGAGUGUGCAAUGACUGUCACAAGGUCACCAAAUUAAUCUCCAGGAUCUUUAAUGUGGAGAUCAUUGUGAGAGAUCGUGCUCGAUUUCAUCACUUCAAGGAUGGCCUCUGUUCUUGCAGGGACUAUUGGUGAUGGUCCACGCUUCAAUUGUGUUUCAAAAUUGUUUCGUUGAACUUUUCUCAAUUGAAAAGUGUAAUUGCUGGGAAUAUUCUGAAACAAGAAAAUUUGCACAUAUAUAUCUGGCAA